AUGCCGGCGGCCGCGGAGCGAAGAGGGAAUACCGGCACGAACACCAAUGGAGAGGCCGUGGCGAAAUCUCCCGAACUAGACCAGGUGUGCAACGCACUCCUCCCUUUCGAUGUCCAGCGGGAGGACGAAUGGACCGGCGCGAACAAGAGGGCCACGGGCGGCGCUGAACGCAGGGCAGCCGCCAAGCUCGAGGGCAAGAGGCUCUACGAGAUGAACCGGGCGAAGAAAAGAAGAGGAAGACGAAGGAAACUGAUCGGACGCGAGACGUGGCGGAAUGAGUGCAGGGAGUCAUCCAAGCAUUCCUGUUCGAGAUCAUACCGCUACUUCACCAGGCACCAUAUACCGGGCAGAAGGGGGCCACACAGGAGUGGGUAAACACCAGGGCUUUUUUCUUCUUUUUGUUCUUUUCAUGCCCCACCUUCCUCCUGCGGUGCGUGCUGAAUUUUAUUUUUAUCGCGAGAAGGGUCCAGCCGUCCCUUUCCCUCGUCAACGGUGCUAACGUCGAAGUUUGGUACUUACGAGAGCUUUUUAGCUAUAUUUCGCUUUCACCCGCACAUUUCGUAAAAUUUUCACCCCAUGGAGAUUCG